AUGGUGUCUAAACAUGCUCCGCCGCUGAGCAUACACGUCGCCGCACAGCAAGGCGACAUAGCGCAAUUACAGGCUUUGUGUGAAUUGGAUGAAGCGCAAGUGUCUGAGCGCGACGAACAGGACGUGACGCCGUUGCACUGGGCGGCAAUCAACGGGCAUACUGCGUGUGCCAUUUUUUUGCUGGAACGUGGCGCAGACCCGAAUGCUGUAGGAGGCGAGCUGCAAGCCACCCCACUGCACUGGUGCUCCCGCAGUGGACAAACCAGGAUGAUACAAUUGCUCCUGCAACGCGGUGCUGAUUUGCUACUGAAAGACAAGCAAGGAUAUAACGCAUUGCACCUCACCACACAUAGCAGUUUUGUCAUGGCUGUCUUGUAUAUGCUACAGCAAGACGCAUUUGCUGCAAAUAACCAUCUUGAUGAUCCAGAUCCACAAGGUCAUACUGCGCUGAUGUGGGCUGCAUUCCAAGGGGAUGCCGUCUCGGUAGAUGUGCUGCUAAAACACGGUGCGAACGUGCAUUCACGCGAUGAAACGGGCCUCACGCCAUUGCACUGGGCAUUGGUGCGCGGUAAUCGUGUGUGUAUUGAGAAGCUUGUUGCUUCUGGCGCCGAUGUACAUGCAAAAGACAACGGAGGGGCGGAUGCGCGCGCUUUUGCUACUGACAUGAAGUCGACGAUCGCGUACGAAAAUGCCAUGAAAAUGUUGCGGAGAGACGCAGACGGCGCGCCCCUUCGCCGUGUCUUAACUCCAUUUAUGCAGGACGCACUGGUUUUCAUUGUGCCGAUGCUUGUGUUCACAAGUGCAUACUACCUUAUGGGGCAAGCUCCUUGGUACCUUGUGCCGUUUAUUGGUAUUCUAUGUUUGAUCCUACAGUAUGUGCUGGUUGCCAAGCAUGUUUUGGGUCCCUACCCUGCAAAUUCCGUGCAAAGCUCGCCCUACUUUUUGUCCCUGCUCAUCACUACACUUGUGCCUUCAUUUUUGUGCUGGCUGGUGAGCUUUGUGCCGCACACGACUGGUCUUACUGUACUGAAUACUGUCACGGGCACGCUAUUUAUAUCUGUGUUUUUAACACUCGCAAUAUCCGUAUUGCGUUCUCCUGGGAGAGCACCGCAGCCCAAGACAAUGGAGGCGAGGCGCGCCACAAUCGAGGACAUGGUCGCAAAUGACCAACUGAACGGCCUGUUUUUCUGUACCAGUUGCAUUGUAUGUGCUCUAAAAGUGCUCACCAUAGGCGCCGCGCCCAUUACGCUCUAA